GACGGAUCAAACGCCUAGGAACCGGUGUGAGGGAACCUUAGCUAAAAAUGGAGAGAAGAGUGGCACGAGAAUUCAGACAUAAAGUGGAGCUGCUGAUUGCUAAUGAAGCAGAGAAGGACUAUCUGUAUGAUGUGCUGCGGAUGUACCACCAGUCUAUGGACCUGCCCGUGCUGGUGGGGGACCUGAAGCUGGUGAUUAACGAGCCCAACAGGCUGCCGCUCUUCGACUCCAUCCGACCCCUCAUCCCCCUCAAGCACCAGGUGGAGUACGACCUGCUCACCCCCAAGAGGUCACGAAAACUGAAGGAGGUGCGUUUGGACCGGACCCACCCAGACGGUCUGGGCUUGAGCGUGCGAGGGGGGCUGGAGUUUGGCUGCGGCCUCUUCAUCUCUCAGAUCAUGAAGGACGGACAAGCCGAAAGUGUUGGCCUGCAGAUCGGAGACGAGAUUGUCCGCAUCAAUGGCUACUCCAUCUCGUCCUGCAUCCACGAGGAGAUUAUCAGCCUCAUCAAAACCAAGAAGAUAGUGUCGCUGAAAGUCAGACAUGUUGGAAUGAUACCAGUGAAGAGCUCCACGGAGGACCCGCUGAAGUGGCAGUUUGUGGACCAGUUUGUGUCAGAGUCUGGGGACAAGAAGAGCAGUGUGGCUGGCCUGGCCUCCAUGGGAGGAAAGGAGAUCAAGGAGAAGAAGGUCUUCUUGAGUCUGGUGGGGACCACAGGCAUGGGCAUCAGCAUCUCGAGUGGCCCACGGCAGAAGCCAGGGAUCUACAUCAGCAAUGUGAAGCCAGGCUCUCUCUCUGCUGAAGUUGGACUGAAGAUGGGUGACCAGAUCGUUGAGGUCAAUGGGGUGGACUUUACCAAUUUGGACCACCAGGAGGCAGUUCGGGUGCUGAAGAGUAGCAGGAGUUUAACCAUCACAGUUCUCACUGGCGCAGGCCGUGAGCUGUUUAUGACGGAUGAGGAGCGUCUGGCAGUGGAGGCUCGUCGUGAGGUGGACAGACAGGAACUCAUGCACCAGAAGAGAGUCGCUCUGGAGACCAACAAGAUCGUCAAGGAGCAGCAGGAGAAGGAACGCCUGAGAAAGAUGGAGAUUUCUCAGAAGCAAGCUGAAGAGGAUGAGAGAUACCGCAAAGAGAUGGAGAAAAUUGAGGCAGAGGAGCGUAAACAGAAGCAGGAGUGGGAGGAGGACUGGGCCCCCAGAGAUUCCCCUAAACCCCCCAAAAAGGGCUCUCCAAUGCCCCCCGCCAGUCCCUCACCACCGCCCCCAAAGACCAGGAGCUCCGCUUUCGACUGGUUUUACAAGUACGAAGGGAAGCUCCCUACUCUUAAAAAGAAAGGGAAGGAGAAGAAGCAGAAGCAGAAGAACAAGAAGAAGUCGUCCAAGAUGGACACCCUGCCCGGCGAUCGCAAGAACAAGAAGGAGAUGGAGUACGAGCUGAAGCUGGCCAUGGAGAAGGAGGAGAUGCAGGAGCGCGAGAAGCAGCUCAAGAUCAACCGGCUGGUGCAGGAGGUGUCUGAAACGGAGCGUGAGGAUCUGGAGGAGUCGGUGAAGGUCCAGCACUGGGUGGAACGCCUCUGCCAGACCCGACUAGAGCAGAUCGUAGAGAGUGAUGGGCAGGAGUCCACAGGUCCCUCCCCCGCCACCUCCGUGUCCACCAUGCGGCGCUUUCCCGGUGGCUUCCAGCUGGCCACCACAGACCUGGACGACAUCAACCUGGACGACGUGGACAAGAGCCUGAGGCAGCCUCUCAAGAGACUGGCCCCGACACAGCCAGCCUCCAGUCAUCCUCCCCCACCCUUGCCCCUGCCCCCGCCCUCCCCACGCCUCCACCCAACGGCCCACCUCCCACCCCCUAUCAACUCCGGCCGCGCUACACCCCACCAGGCCCCGCCCUCACCUCGGAUGGCCCAACCCUCGCCUCGGAUGGCCCCGCCCUCUCCUCGGAUGCCCCCCCACCCAGUAGCCGCCGCAGCAGCCGCUGCAGCCAAUGCCCGGCGACACCCACCUCCCCCGCCAGGCCAUCCCCUCGGCCCCCCUCCCUCUGGGUCAUCAUCCUCGUCCUCGUGGGCUCCGUCAUCCUCCCACCCCCCGCCUCCGCCCCCACCUCCGCCUCCCCCUCCUCCGCCGCCCCCUCCCCCUCCACCCCCACAGCACAUGACCGACGAGCGGCUCUCCUCCUCGGGAUACCCGCGGGCCACUAGCCCCGCUGAGCACGGAAACGAGUGGGAGAGUAACGGCUACCGGCAGAGGGGAGGGUACCGUCCACCCAGCCCGCCCAGUGAACUCUCCUAUCCGCAAAGUCCCACGCAAAUCUCCCCAAGCCCCCCCACCCAGAGGAGGCAGCUCAACCCCAUAAUGUCCAAACCCGUCAUGCUGCCUCAGGGCGUCACUCACAGGCCAACACAACGCUCCGAGGGCCUGCCGCCGGAGAUGCUCAAGCGGAUGGUGGUGUACAACACAUCUUUUAAGUCCCACAGGAAACAAGGAUUUCGGAAAUACGAGGAAGACUUUGACCCAUACUCCAUGUUCACUCCAGAACAAGUUGACGAGAGGGAUAUCCGGCUGCUCAGAAUUAAAAAGGAUGGGCAACUGGACGUGGCGGUGGAGGGGGGCGUUGAGUCCCCUCUUGGGAAGCUUGUGGUGUCGGCCGUCUAUGAUGGCGGUGCCGCAGACAAACAUGGUGGGAUUGCAAUUGGUGAUGAGGUGAUGGCAGUGAAUGGGAAAAAUCUGACUGACGUCACCCUCACUGAGGGACAGAACUCCCUGGAAAGGGCCUGGAAAAGUGGAGGGGACUGGAUUGAUCUGGUCAUAGCAGUAUCCCCACCAAAGGACUAUGAGGAUGAAGUGACCUUCUUCUAGGAGUCAGCUCACUCACUCUCUCACUCGCUCGCUCUCUUUGGAAGAACAGACUGCUCUCAGCGAGUGGGCCUGCCCAGGAAGUUGGACCUUCUCCACGGCCAUCACCCCCCCAUGUUGUAUUACCACAACCCAGCAUGAUCCAGCUGCUUCAAACAAGGAAAUGAGCCCAUACAAAUUGUAUUUACAGGGGAGAAAAUAUGAUGUGCUAGACAAGCACUUUAGCUGUUAUCUAAUGCAAAUGACAAGGAUAUGUACACAUAGGGUACAUAUAAAUAAAUAUAUGUAUCGUGAAAAUACUUGCUGCCUCAGUCAUGCAAACA